CCAGCCCGGCCUUCCGCCGCAGCCAUGGCCGCCUUCCUGGAGCUGGAGAGCCGGGCGGCCGGGGCCGGGGCCGGGCUCUGCCUCGGCAACUUCGUCUUCGGCUGUGAGUUGACGGGCAGUACCAGGUCCUAUACCUUUAAGGUGGAUGAAGAUGACGACUCUGAGCACAUCCUGGCCCUGUCUAUGGUGUGCCUGACAGACGGCGCAAAGGACGAAUGCAACGUGGUGGAAGUCGUGGGGCGUGACCGUCAGAACCAGGAGAUUGCUGUGCCGGUGGCCAAUCUGAAGCUGUCGUGCCAGCCCGCGCUCAGCCUGGACAACUUCCAGCUCCAACCACCUGUGACCUUCCACCUGAAAUCCGGCUCCGGCCCCGUGCACCUCUCCGGACGGCACCACAUCAUGCACAGGAGAGCGCUGUCUGAGGAAGAGGAGAGCGAGGAAGAGGAGGAAGAAGAACUCACCCCCAUCAUGCCGGCCAAGAAGCAGCGACGGAGGCAGUAGCUGAGAGGUGCUGCCCUGGCUCCGGCUGGAGCCCUGCCCCGGACGGCUGUUCUCUUGGGACUUCUCUGGUUUACGUGGCAGUUUGCUGUUUGGUUGUUGCUGUCGGGUUUUGGGGGGCUCCCUCCCAUUACGGGGAUGCACGGGGGCCAUGGAGGCUGAUACUGGGGAGAUGCACGGGGCCCUGAGUGUGCUGGGGGUGCUCUGCUCUUUGCACUGACAUCCCCAGCGCCUGGAGGCGAGCCAGCAAAGCAAUCAGUGUCAUGCUCUGCCAGCCCCGCGCCCCACCUGUGUUGCUCAGGAGAGGGAGUUUCUGGGGCUUGUUCCCUGUUUCCUUACUCUGCGAACCAGCCCCUUGGUUGGUCCGGCUGGGUCCUGCUCUGUUGCACCCUCUGAGAUGCCAAGCUGCUGUCUGCCAACGGACCUCACGCUUGAGCUGGGAGAGUGCAGAUAGAGCGAUCAGUUUCGCAUGCUGAUUCUGGUCAGUUUCGCACGCUGAUUCUGGGGGUGCCUAGUGCUGAGUGGGGCGGUGGCAUCUCUCUCUCCCCAUGUCAGAGUUUCUAUUCAGGGGCUGGGGGGGGUGUUAAGCCCUUUUUUAAUAUUUGCUGCCUUUACACAUGGAAGUUUUAGGGGGAACCUUGUCCCCACCCCCCAGAACCCCGGGCUCCUUUCCCCAGUGCAAUAUCUCGGGUGAGCUGGGUGUGUAUAUGAAAUAUUUGACCUUGGCAUCCAAGAUCCAUCUGUACCGCACCGUGUGUUACACGGCCGGCUCUGGUGCUGGGGCCUCGUCCGGGUGUCACCGGAUCGUGCCGGGUCUGGGCUGCCUUUGAGUUCCCGCCCUGCCCCUGCCGGACGGUGGUUCCCCAGCCAAACCCCACCUCUGUAAAGGGCUAGUUGCACCUUGCAAUAAACGUUUCUGAUUGGGUGUCAA